AGAACGAAUGACAGUGAAAAACGAAACAAACGAAAAUAGUUGUGUUUUUUUAACGGAUGCAGGCCAAGAAUGGAUGACGUAGCCAGUGUUCAGCUAGAAAAUGAAAAUUUACGGAAAAUUCGCUCACGACUCCUAUUGUGGGAUGCUAAAAACAAUGCCCUAGCUGCUUUGAAUGUAACACAAGAUGAAUGUCUUGAGCAAAUCAAUUCAAUAUGGUCGCAGGAAGCAGAGUUACCCUCCACGGAACAAGCUAGUGAUGAAGUAAAGGAUACUACUACCGAUUUAGAAACAAAUUCCUUGUCUCUUAGCAGUCUACAGCAAUCACUGCCACCGGGUAUAGAUACCACCCAUGAUUUUUUGCUGCUGUACGAUCGUGUUCAUGCCGAAAUACAUGAGAAUAGCAAUGCGGUAUCACAUCGUUAUUUGCAGCAGUUGAUUACCAGAAGUACGGAGUGCAAACGUAUGUUAACACAAAUAGAGGCAGCCAUGGGACGUUUGAAAACCUUACGUGAGGAAUAUGAUUUUGUAUCGGAAAAAACUGAGGCUCUUAAUAAUGCCAGUGAACAGUUGAUAGAGGAACAGGAAAAGUUGCAGUCUUUGGGAGAUGAAAUACACAAACGUUUGCACUAUUUCAACCAAGUGGAACUUUUAAAUCAACGUCUACACAGUCCUACUCUCUCAGUAGCCUCAGAGUCGUUUCGUGAAUGUUUGAACAAAAUAGAUGAAUGUUUGACUUAUCUAAAGGAUCAUUCGAAAUUUAAAGAUUCUCCUGCUUUUAUCAUCAAAUACAAACAUUGUUUGGCCAAGGCUGUGACGCUGGUUAAAAACUAUGUUAACACUGUAAUGUCACAAGCUACCGAAGCUACUUUGCAUCCCAAACAGAAUAGCACGGUAAGCGGAAGUAGUAGUAGUACAGAGGCCUCUAUUACCUCUCCCGAUGCAGCUUUUGCUUUAUACUAUGGUAAAUAUCAAACCUCGGCGGCUAAGGUUAAAAGAGUUUCACAAAUGAUUGAAUCUCGUAUCAAUGUAUGUCCGGAGUAUGCAAAUCUUUUAGCGGAAUUGCAACAGAAUUAUCUAAAUGAAAGGGCCACCAUAAUGACACCCGCAGUUGAUAAAGCUAUUAAGGAUAUUAAAACUCAGCAUAAGGGUGAUCAUUGUGCUUUAAUGCGCAGCUCUUGUGCUUUUCUGGUGCAUAUAUGCCAAGAUGAGCAGAGAUUGUAUUACCAAUUUUUCGCCUUGGAAAGCGAGCAAUUAACAUCAUAUCUGGAGAAUUUGUGUAAUAUUCUUUAUGACACUAUGCGUCCGUUUAUUAUUCAUAUAAAUCAUUUGGAAACAUUGGCUGAAAUUUGCUCAAUAUUAAGAAUAGAAAUGCUAGAGGAACAUGUGCAACAAAAUCCCACUGCUUUGGAGGCCUUUGCCACUAUAGCCAAUCAACUGCUGCAAGAUGUCCAAGAACGUUUGGUAUUCAGAGCUCAUUUGUAUUUACAAUCUGAUAUCUUGAAUUACAAUCCUUCGGCUGGAGAUUUGGCUUAUCCUGAGAAAUUGGAAAUGAUGGAGAGUAUAGCUUUGUCUUUGCAAGAUCCUCCACAAAUACGUCGCUUUGAUUCAAGGUCCUCGUUGGUAUCUACAACUUCUAAUGUUACAGAAGCCGAAAGUGUUGAUACAAGUGUUAGUCGUGUCAGAAAUAUGAAUUCACCGGCUGAUUUGCAUGGCAUGUGGUAUCCCACUGUUAGACGUACAUUGGUUUGUUUAUCACGUCUCUAUCGUUGUGUUGAUCGGCCCAUAUUCCAGGGUCUAUCUCAAGAAGCUUUAAAACAUUGUAUACAAAGUGUCUCCGCGGCAGCCUCGAAAAUAUCACAAUCUAAGACUCCCAUAGAUGGUGAAUUAUUUGAAAUUAAACAUUUGUUAAUUUUACGAGAACAAAUUGCACCCUUUCGUGUGGAUUUUACUGUAAAAGAAACCUCUUUGGAUUUCAGUAAAGUGAAAACUGCUGCCUUUGGUCUAUUGCAAAAACGCAAACAACUGUUUUCCAUGGGUAGCAAUAAUGCUUUGCUGGAGUUUUUACUAGAAGGUACACCACAGAUAAAAGAACAUUUAUUGGAUUCACGCAAAGAAGUAGACCGUCAAUUGAAAUUUGUUUGUGAAAAGUUUAUUAAAGAUUCGCUGCAAACUUUGGCUGCUCCACUAGUAACAUUCCUGGAUAAGGCACAAGCGGUGGUGAAUACUGUCCAGCCAGCCGUAAACAAGGAGCAACAGCAGCAGCAAACACAAAAUAAUAAGAUAAACUAUGCAUUAAGGCAAAGUGCUUGGGCCAGUCCUCAACAGAUAAGUAGUGUUAUACAGGAGACACAACGUUUGAUCAAAAGCAAACUGCCCAUGUUGCAGCGUUCCAUGCAAUUGUAUUUAAGCAAUCGGGAUACUGAAUUUAUAAUAUUCCGACCCAUAAGAAACAACAUUAUACAAUCUUUUGUUAAACUCGAGCAAUUAUUAACCACCAAUGGCUAUAGUCCAGAUGACAUGAUUAUUACUAGUUGCCCUUCUGCAGAGCAGGUCUCCAUUAUACUAUCCAGCGCUAGUAUUUUAGCAGCCGAUGCCAUGAUUAAUUUCUCAGCAGUUCAACGUAAAACAAGUGUAGCUUCUGUAGACAACAGUAUUUUGCCCACAAAUUCCUCUGAACAACAACAACCACAAAGAAAAAUAUCCCUAGACAAAAAAGUUAGUUUUGAGGGUUCUACUGCAAAAGAAGCCAUGGAAAAUUUGCCCGAGCUAACAGAGUCCUCUGGCAAUAAUAGCAGUGUUACCUCACCAACAGCACUAUCGCCAGAACCUGCUCAAAGUAACGAUAUGCCAGCAGGCAAUGAUAUAAACUCUACCGCUGAAUAGUUAGGACAAUGUUAUUAUACAUAUUACACUUAUAAUUAUACUUAUAUUUUAUUUUUAUUAAACUACACAAUAAAACAUAAAACAUACAAUAAUAAUAAUAAUAUAAAUAAUGUUAAAAAAAACUUUCUUAGUGUUUUUAUGGGUUUAGAAAAAAGUUAAUAAUAAAUUACGAGUUUUAACAAUCUCUGCAAUAGAA